GAGAUGGGCAGCUUCGACGACUACCCAGAUUUCGAAUGGAAAGGUAGGGGGGUGGCAGGGAAGGGGAAGGACCAGAAGGAGGAACAUAGCUCGGCGCGCACUCUGCACUGCGGGGGCUUGCAGGCGAGCGUCUCGUUAGAGAUCGAAGGGGGGGGGCUCGCAGCCAUUGCUGGCCUCGUGGGCCAGAAGCUCGGGCCUUCCCCCCGACAGACUCAGAAGGUCGAGGGGUCGGUCUCGCAGGUCGGCAGGGGCGUGGCCUCCGUCGCCCGCCAGUUCCAGGAGUGGCGAGAGAUAGCGAUGCCAGGGCUCGGCGCGCCCAG